UCGUUACUCUCCUCCUUCACUGCUUCCUGCUUCCUCGUCUUAUCACGCUCACACACACUACCUCACACACACUCUGUCACACACACUCUGUCACACACACCUUCUCAGAGCGCCUUACGCUUCACACCAUGGGGAACUUUGCUGCUAACGAGGGACUCUCCAUCUUCGUUAUUCUGGUGUGGCUCGGGAUCAACGCCUUCCUGUUCGUCCACUUCUACAUGAGGUUCCUGGAGGACAGAUGGUAUUACACCAGAGUUCUGCUCGGGCAAGCUCUGUCGUGGGCUCGAGCUCCCGCCGCCUGCCUCAACUUCAACUGUAUGCUCAUUCUGCUGCCAGUCUGUCGAAACCUCCUCUCCUUCCUACGUGGCUCCAUCCAGUGCUGCAGCCGCACAGCAGCUCGUCAACUAGAUCGAAACAUCACUUUCCACAAGCUGGUGGCUUACAUGAUCGCCUUCCAUACAGCUGUGCACAUCAUUGCACACUUAUUUAACUUCGAGUAUUUCAUGGACGCCCAGCUGAACCGCAACAGCAGCCUUCUUCCCUUCGUCCUGUCUGAAAUCGGUAACGGGGACAACGCCUCCUUCCUGAACCCCAUCAGGAGCAACGAGACGAAUCCUACCAUCGUCAUGUUCACCACCAUCGCCGGGCUGACGGGCGUCGCCAUCACGCUGGCCCUCAUCCUCAUCAUCACGUCGUCCAUGGAGGUGAUCCGCAGGUCGUACUUCGAGGUGUUCUGGUACACGCACCAUCUGUUCGUCAUCUUCUUCAUCGGACUCGUAUUCCACGGCUUUGGGCGGAUCGUGCGAGGACAGACAAAUGCUAGCAUGAAUGCAAGCAACCCAGUGGAUUGUGCUGAUCGGUUUGAAGACUGGGGAAAAAACGGCUCCUUCUGUCCCGUACCAGAGUUCGCUGGAAACCCACCGAUGACAUGGAAGUGGGUGGUGGGCCCCAUGAUCCUCUAUGUGUGCGAGAGGAUCGUCCGCCUCUAUCGAUCCCACCAGAAAGUCGUCAUCACCAAGGUGGUGAUGCAUCCCUCCAAGACUCUGGAGCUGCAGAUGAAGAAGAAAGGCUUCCACAUGGAGGUGGGGCAGUACGUCUUCAUCCAGUGUCCGUCCGUCUCCAGGCUGGAGUGGCACCCCUUCACCCUGACCUCCGCCCCCGAGGAGGACUACUUCAGCGCCCACAUCCGUAUCGUUGGAGACUGGACUCAGGCGCUGUACGAGGCCUGUGGAGGAGACAAAACGGAGCCUCAGGAGGCCUGGCAACUACCCAAGCUGGCCAUCGACGGCCCGUUUGGUACGGCCAGCGAGGACGUGUUCCGUUAUGAGGUCGUGAUGCUGGUCGGCGCUGGAAUCGGUGUGACUCCAUUCGCCUCCAUCCUCAAGUCGGUGUGGUACAAACGCAUCCAGAACAACCAGGAGGUCUUCACCAAGAAGAUCUACUUCUACUGGCUGUGCCCGGAGACGCAGGCCUUUGAGUGGUUUGCCGACCUGCUGCAGUCUCUGGAGGGUCAGAUGACCGAGAAGGGAAUGACCGACUUCCUCAGCUACAACAUCUACCUCACCCGCUGGAAGGAGACCGAGGCGGCUCACUUCCGUGUUCACCACGAGGCAGAGAACGACCCGAUCACAGGACUCAAACAGAAGACUUUAUAUGGGAAACCCAACUGGGACAACGAGUUCACCAACAUAGCAACAAAGCACCCGGGGUCUAAAGUGGGCGUCUUCCUGUGUGGUCCACCUCAGCUGGGCAAAUCUCUGGAGAAACAGUGUCUGUCCCACUCUGAGGCCGACGUCAAGUUCAUCUUCAACAAGGAGAACUUCUAAAACAACUUCUGAAGGACGACCAGGAAAAACCGAGAGAGGAAACGUCCCAAGUAUCAGCGAGACUGACGGUUACAUUUUGAAUCGGCUGCAUUCAUGCUGUUUUGUAAAGACGCCGCUGUUGCUCAAAGAUGUGCUUUUCCACAUUACCUUGUUCUUCUUUUCUGCCACAUUUAUCGGUUAAACGACUGGUUUCUAAACUUUUCUUCCUAUUUUCUUUUUCCUAUUUAGCUUUCUCUAUUUGCUGGACACAGUCAGGAUUUCUGUGAGGCAAGAAAAAGGGAAAUAAACUUUUUGUCCACUUUCAUCUGUUGUGCAUCAGGAGAAAGUCUUUGCCAUCAUUUAUAAAUACUGUUCAUUUUAUAGAUAAGACAGGAUCUUUUUAUUAUUUUUUUUUACCUUUAUUGUUAUUAUUGUUAUUAUUAUUAGUAGUAUUAUAGCUUUGUUGUUCCUUGUUUGAGCUUCACUGCUACUCCUGUGUAAAAAGAUUUGGGAGAUGAAUUCUUUGUAUGUGUGCCAAUAAAGCUGAUUCUGACUCUA